AUGUACAUUUCCCGAGCCUCGCCGCUCAGAGUCCGUCCGACAUGAGGCUGUUCGCGCCGCUCGCAAUAUGCGUGCUCUACGCACACGCUGCCACCAUCAGUGCGCCAGCGAAGAAAAUCGAUGACCUCGAUAAUGUAGACCUAGACAACGUAAUCAGUGAACCUGAACUUAUCGACCCAUUCAACUCAGUCAAAGACGUGGACAACAAUCUCCGAAACUCCGCCCUGGGCAUCCCUGUGAAAGUUAUUGAAGAACCUGCGAAGAAGUUGGAUGAAAACUCCAACGAUUAUGUGCCCGAUAAUGAUGAUAGUAUCAAUUUGAAGCGAGCACCGAUUGAUCUCAGAAAUCCCGGCCCCCCUCAACGUCAGGAGCACGAGACCCAAAAUCCUGAACAUUACACCGAUGCUCAAAAAGCAAUAUUCGUCAUCAAACAAACAAUCGACGACACACAGAACGUUUUUACUCAGGGAUUAAAAGGUAUUUCUGAGGGUUUCAACAAGUUAUUCGCCAAUAACGAACAAUUAUCUACUAUCCAGCACAACAUUCAGGCCUUAAGGAGUUCAUUUAACGAACAAGUAUUAAAAUUAAACAACACCAUAAAAUCUUACAUCAAGCCCGAGAAAGAAGAGGAAUCUGCAAAAGAAAUAAAUGCAGUUCAAAGUCGCCUUCGACUGUUAGAAAGUAAUUUUGAAACUGGUGUUAAUACUUUAUCGGAAGGAGUGGAACUUCUUGCCAUUAUAAAAGAAGAAGAUGAAGCAGCAGCUAAAGCCGAGACUGAUGCAGCAGUAGCCGCUGGAAACCCACCCCCGUCAAGUUCAACUCAAGCUCCGAUAAACCAAAAUAAUAACCCAGUUUUGCAAUUUUUGUACAACUUCCAACAAGGUAUUUUAGGAUCCAUUUCCAAUGUUAAUAACGCCGUUCAAAACUACUGGAAUCAAGGGCAGAACCAACAAAACCCUCCACAGAAUGAUCAAUCACAGCAAGCACAGCCUGCUAAUACUCAAGGUAGCUUUGUUGGCAAUCUCUUCCAGGGUAUCCAAUUACCUUUUACCGGUCAACAAAAUCAGCAACCUGCUCAGCAAGGCCAAAACCAAGAAAAGCCUCCUGGCGUGGCCGCUGACGAACCUGCGCAAACGGGAUGGCGUCCCCCUAACAUUAUCCAAUCACUUCAAAAUUCCUGGAACAACUUAGUCAACCCGACUCAGAGCCAACCACCGCAAGCUGAUACACCAGUAUCAAAUCCCAUACAACAAGCCAUCAGCAACAUUGUUAAUGUAUUUAACAGACCAAAUCAGAACCAGACGCCUCAAAAUGCAGGCCAAGCCGUUCCUCCUGCAUCAGCGAAUAGCGUAAAUACUGCUGAAAAGCCAGUUGAUCAGCCACAAGGGGUGAACGCCGUUCCUCCAAAUAAAGAAUCUGUCGCAGCGGACGUACCUCAAGCUCAGCCAGAUAAAGCACCAGCUCAAGAGCCAACGAAGCAGACUGGACCUAUUCAACAAUUGGUUCAGAACAACCCAAUUAUCAAGGGACUGCAAACAGUGGCCCAAAGGAUAUCAAACCCAGAAAGGCCGAGAGACACUGUGAAAGAAAAUGCUGACGGCAAAGGUCAUGGUGGAUGGGGAUCCAACGGCAGUAAUAAUGGCGAUAAUUCAGACGGCAGCAGGAUAAAGUCUAUUGUGCCAGAAAAGGAAAUUAUUGAAGAAAAACCAGUAGAAUGUGACAAGAUGAAGGAAACGGUCAAGGAAGAAAUCUCUUCAGAGCCCGCCAAGACUGAGUAGAACUUAGUAUAGAUAAUUUAUUUUAAUUUAAUCUGUGUAAAUAAAACGUGAUGC